UAAUUUACUAAAUCAGGUGUGGGUUCAAAUAUUGUAAUAUUUACCGAGAUGUAUCGGGCAUUGUAUACCUAUGUAGCCAAGACAAAGAACUUUGAUUUGUCCUUUGAAGCCAGCGAUCAGUUUACAGAUCUAGAGAAACCGGAGGGCGGAUGGCUGCUUGUGCAGAAUGGAUUUGGAGAAAUUGGAUAUGUACCUGCUAGUUAUGUUGAGAAAGAAGACAAUUCCACCUUGGCAGAGAUUCUGAGCUCAGUAGAUAGGGCCAUACAAAACAUACAUUACCAGGCAGCAGCCUCGGGAACCUACACACACCACCAAAGGGAAAACUUGCAUAAACUUGGGCUGCAUAGAGAACAUGUGUUGAGGGAGCAUGGACCUCAAGGGAAUGUUGAGCAUCAUUUGUUGGAACACAGACACACUCCUAGUGAUAGCGGGUCAGAAUCUAGUCAUCACAGUGAACAUAGCUCCCCAGAAAAACAUUGGCAUUUAUCAGAUGUUGGACAACUGAUGAAGAGACACUCCAAGCGACCAGCUCCCCCACCACCAGCUGCUCCCCCAGAUCAGUCCUCCCAGCCAAAUACUCCGUGGCCACAUCAUAGCGUAUCCCCUCACACCUCACCAGAGGCUCACAAAAGUCCCCACUCCUCAUCAGGAUCAAUGAAGCAUUCAAGUCCACACUCCUCAUCAGGAUCAAUGAAGCACUCAAGUCCACACUCUCCUCACCGUUACGUGAAGCGUAAGGAUCAGAGUCCUCAUUCCUCACAGGGGUCAAUAUCAGACUCACAUUCCUCCCAGGAAUCACUUAAGCAUAAGGGCUUUAGUCCACAUUCAUCAAAAGGGUCUUUGAAACAUUCAUCUUCUCAUGAAUCUGCAAAAGCAGGACCCUCUUAUCAACCAGAAAGUAAGGAGGUACAUGAUAAUGGCUGGGUGCAUGUAGAUGACAAUGACGGUAAGCCUGUGUCCACCACUGAGGGUCAGAUUAAACCAGAGUCUAACAUUGCCCCUCGAGGGACCUCCAUUGAGAGCGCUGAAUCCUCUGACCAUUCUACUGGAGCAUCAAACCUAUUGUCAGUUACUGAAAACAAAAUGCUGAAGUCUGAAAGUGUGAUUUCUCUGUCUUCUCGACUGUCCAUCUCUAAUAGUCCAAUCAAACAGCUCGAGAGUCCCAGUAUUAUCAAUGUCAACAGCAUUCCCCUCCCCUCUAACCUGGCCACUGAGCUCGUGGGUGAGGUCAGGAGACACACUAACCUUAGCUAUGACAAGUCCUGUCUGGCAGUGGAGGUGGUCCUGACUCACAUUGCCAACAAAAUGCCACAGACUGCAGGACUGAUGGAGAAGAUACUCUGUACAUUCCAAGAGGCCAGCACUGCUUCUGAAGAUGAUCUGAGUCACGAUCAUGUCCGCAUUAGAGAGCUCCUGGAGAAGAUCACAGAGUGUAAAGAGGACUCCCAGCAGAGGAGCUGGGCCCUCCACGAGGACCAACAUAUAAUCUCAGGCUACCUCGAGGAGCUGCUCUCAAUACUGGAAAACGCAAAACCGUCUACGUGUCGCCAUGCAAUAGCAUCUGAUGGUUAUGAAUGUAUCCACAACUUAGUGCAGUAUUAUCAAAUGGAGGUACGCCUUCCAUUAAGGCUUUCCCUGCUGAAAGUGUUCGGAGCUCUCUGUAAUCUAGAGUCCUCUAUUAUCUCUCAUCUGCUGUACUCCAUAUUGCCUUUAGAACUAGUCUCCGAAAUACGCAACCAAAAUCAAGAAGCUCAGAGACUUAGUUACGUAGCUGGAGUUUUGAUCAUGAUUUUCUGUACUGGAGAGCCAGUGCCUGCUAAUCUUCAUGAAACUAUGAAUGAGAACUUCCUGGAUGAAGUAUUGGAGAUGAUAGAAAACCCAGCCUCCCUGGACCACGAUGACCUUUGUACUGACCCACUGGUCAAUUUGCUACUGGCAUAUAAUCUCCAUUUUCCAUACCAAGAAGAAAAUGACAUCAUGUCUUUGCUGGCCAAGAAAGGAACAGUCAAAGUCUUUACUGAAAAACUCUUGGAAAUCUUCAAUAGAGGAGAGGACCCAGUGAAGAUGUUUGAUCACCAGACCUACCCGGUCCAGUCACAGGUGAAGUUUAUGAUUGACAUGUACAGUCAGCCUAGCACCGCCUCCCUUCUGUAUGUUAAUGAUGCCAAGGUGUUGAUUGACAUCCUGAUACGAUUCCUCACAGACCUACAACCUGGAGACAAACUUCGAUCUUCAAUUCUCAUACUAUUGAAACUGCUUGUGAAAAAUUCUGAUUACUUUGAAUACCAGCACAAACUUGCUGAACUGCGGGAGUGUAUAAUGAUGAUUAGGAAGGAGGAAGAGGAAGCUACUGCACAAGACAGGAAGGAAGUAGAAAUUAUCCUGGAGGAAUUCAACAAACACAUGAAGAGCAAAGGGGAAGUGAGUGCAUAACACAAAAUGAAAGUGAAGUUUACCUUACAGGAUAGAAAAGUCUUACAAGGAACAAAGUGAAAGCCAGUGCAUUAAACUAUCAGCUUUUCGUAUGCAGUAGGAACUCUGAAAAGGAAAGAGGAUAUUACUCUGUAAUUGUGUACUGUAUUCAGAUUUAGUUUAUUUAAACAUUGUGGUUUUAUUCUCACGUUAUAGCAUUUCCUUUAUGCAGCUAAAUAAACCUGUAAAAAUUCAGUUUUCAAGGGUACACCCAUUGUAUGUAGUUUUUCACAGAGUGUAAAUGUUUGAUGGUGUUAAAUUUGUCAUAAAGAAGGUUUGAACAGUAGAUUUCUAUACUAGUUGUAAAUGUAUGUGCUAUGUAACUUAUUAUGAUCAGUGUGCCAUAUUAUGUUCAUUUGUAGCCUCCUCCCCCCUUUUCAAUUUAAACAAAAUUCUUUUUCUUGUAUUUGGUCACUAUAAAUGUCCAAAAAUUGUGUUGUAAGCUUUUUACUGUAUUCAAAAUGAAGUUAGUCAUUUCUACAAUGAAUCCAUGCCAAAGAAAAUAAAUGUUGUCCUGCUACAUUUGUUAUGUGUCCAGCUUUAAUACUCUUGCAUUAUAUUUCAGUGUCAUUACACACAGAUAUGCAGUGUAGACACACAUGAAUAAGUUUUGUUAGUUUCGUUUAUUAUGUGUACAAUGCAGUGAGAAAGCCAGUACACAGAGAGUGUAUUGGACGGGAUUGUUAACCAGUGUAUUUGAGCCUUAUCAAGCAGUUUAUGUAUGUGUAUAUUGCAAUUUUAGUGAUUUAAUAAAUUUCUUAAUAUAUGAAAA